AUGAGGGGCGGCCCCCCAGACCCCCCGGGCGGUGCCGCGCGGGCAGCGGGGGAGGGGGCGGUGACUCAGCCGCCCUCGGCCCGCCUCCCCGGAACUUUGCAGCAGCUGGAGCCGCCGUUGCUACAGGAACGGAAAGCUUUUGUUCCCCAAUGUCAGGGCUGCCAGGGCAAGAGGGAGGCUGGGAGGCUGCCACUCCCUGGUGGGACCCAGGACACCACACUGCCCAGAGGACUGCCAGCCCAGAACGGCCUCAUGGUUCCCAGUCCCCUCUCGCCUUUCACCAAGCCAGGACUUCCCAGUGCUAGUCCCGCAGCCACCGCUGCUGCUCCGGCUGCGGAAACCUGGGGUUGCCCACGGAAAGGAAAGGGGCGGCGGGUACAGGGCGGAGGGCAGGGGGCGCCAGAGGACGCCCAGGGGCCCGGCCGGCAGCUGGGAAGGCGGGCAGGCGGGCAGUAUCUCACGCCCGGGAGCCCCUCCCCCCGCCAGUACCAGACCCUUCGCCUGCUCUGCACCCGCCGCGGCGCGGAGGACUUCCCUCGGACCAAGCCGACUGCGGGAGUGGCCGCCAACUUCACAGCCUAUAACCCCCUCCCCUGCCCAUCAUGCCAGCCCCCGGGGCUGCGGGAGAGUGCGUUUGGUGCCUGGCUCUACGUCCUGGGGCAGCAGGAGCGGGGGCCGGCGCUGGCGGAGGCGACCACGGGGCGCAAGUUUGCCAUCCCUAGGCGGGGGCCUGGCCGAGCGCGGGGCAGCUCGCGGCAGCCGCGCGGAGGGCCGAGGCUCCCGCUCCGCCGAGCGGUGGGUGCAGAAAAGGCGUCGCGGAGCAGCACCGGGCGGGCGGGCGGGCGGGCACCCGGCCGGGCGCGGGCUCCUGCCGCCGCCUCCUCGCCGCGCCGCCCCCCCACCCCCACCCCUCGCUCCCGGCUCCCCCGCCUGGAUCACCACCCGCGUCGUGCACCGCCUCCUAUUCGCGGGCGGCGGCCGCAGCCCCAGGCUCUAAAACCCGGCGCCGCAUCCUCCUGGGUCUCUGAGAGCCGCCGCCGCCGCCAAACCGGGUUCCUCCGGCCGCUCCGGCCGCUGCCCGCAGCGCGCACCGGGCCGAGUGACGGCCGAGGCGGGACGCGGCGCCUGCGCGGGCCGGGCCCGGGAGGGGGCGCGCGCCGGGCCGGGCGCGAGGAGCCGCGGGAGAAGGGGCGGAGGGCGGGGGCGACGCGCGCCGCCUCCUGUUAA